GAGGGGGGAGCAGCGUCCGGCCAGCUGCACGGAUUGAGCAACGGAGAGCGGCGAGUUUGAGCCGCCUGCCUGUCUGUCUGCCUGCCUGCUGGAGAGAAUCCAUCACAGAGAGCAGCCGCCCCCUCCCACUCCGAACGCCCCCGCUUCAGAUGGAACUCAAAAUACACAGCGCCUCCAUGUUGCACAGGGAAUGUCGGGCCACCAGAUGUGAAACGUCGCUUUGAAAAAAAAAGGAAAAAAAAAGGAAAAAAAAAAAAGCGCAUGCCUCUUUAGACGCCGCGCAACCUGUGAGUAAUUAAUGCUCGUUUUCGGACGGCGGCAGCGAUUCCUGCGAACGGGCUUCCGAGUGUUUUGGGCGCUGUUCCGGACGCGGCCUCGCAUUGGACACUCGAAGCUAACAGGCUAACCCGGGCUGCUCUCCGACUUUACUUUACUUUGCAGUUUAAGGUCGGUUUUUAUUUUUAAUUUAUUUUUUUUAUCAUUAUUUUUUUUUUUUUUUUUGGACAGAAGCACCGCCGGAGCUGCUCAUAACCCUUCGCUCGAAAGGCUACAUAUUUUUCCUCCCCCUGCCCCGGGAAGCCGUAGAUGCCACCCUCCAGUCAGCACGGCGCUAGCUGGCUGGCUCCCUCCGCUGCCACAACGCUUCGCCCCAGACGCUCCCCCGGCGCCCACUGCUAGCUUAGCGCGGCUAGCCAGCGGAGCGAGCGCGUUAUCGCCAAUAACAUUGUCGCACAGCGAAGCAGGAACAAACGCCCGUCUCAAUGGACCACAUGUCCAUAAUAACCCAAGUGUCCAACCCGAAGGAGGAGGAGAUCAUAUCUUUUAACCAAGAAAAAGCGUCCCAGUCGACCAGCAGCCUGAAGAAGCAGAGGAGUCGAGGCAUCUUCAGCACAUUCUUCUGCUGCUUUCGCAACUACAACGCGGAGCCGCCGGCCUGCAACAGCGGCUCCCCGCCUCCGCCUGUCGAGGAGAACGGAUCGCCUCCCAAGUGUGACCAGGUCGAGGUCAUCCCUGUCCCUAGUCCGCCAGCUAAAUACCUCCUACCAGAGCUGAAAAUAUCCGACGAUGGUAAAAAGUGCGUGGUGAUAGACCUGGACGAAACGCUCGUGCACAGCUCGUUUAAGCCCAUCAGUAACGCAGAUUUCAUUGUGCCGGUGGAGAUCGAUGGUACCGUUCAUCAGGUGUACGUGCUGAAAAGGCCCCACGUGGACGAGUUCCUCCAGAAGAUGGGAGAGUUGUUCGAAUGCGUGCUCUUCACAGCCAGUCUAGCUAAGUACGCCGACCCGGUGGCAGACCUGCUGGACCAGUGGGGUGUUUUUCGAGCUCGGCUCUUCAGAGAAUCCUGCGUGUUUCACAGAGGGAACUACGUCAAAGACCUCAGCCGACUGGGGCGAGAGCUCAACAACGUUAUCAUUGUCGACAAUUCGCCCGCCUCUUAUAUUUUCCAUCCAGAAAACGCUGUCCCAGUUCAAUCCUGGUUCGACGACAUGAAUGAUACAGAACUCCUGGACCUGCUGCCUUUUUUCGAGCGCCUCAGCAAAGAAGACGAGGUUUACGGAGUGCUGCAGAACCUCCGAAGCAGGUAGCAGGACACGCCGCAGCCCCGCCUGUGCUCUCCAGCCUCCUCCGCUUCGAUCUCUGUCCCUUUCUGCAGCCCGGCGUCUCCAGCCUCCGGACGACGCCUCCAGGGGGGGGAAAGCCUCACUGUGGAAACUUCCAUGUAACCGUGUCUCUCUCUGCUCUCUCCUCCUGGCCGACCGGCUGCCUUCUGAGUGCCAUCAGAAAAACAGAAACCUUUAUUAUCCCAGGACCACUGUGUCUCACAGAAACCACACCAGAAAGUGUACAGAGCGUCCUUUUUUAGUUAAUAGUAUCGGGGACAAAAUACUAAGAGGAAUGAACUCUGGUUUUUAUUUUCAAAAAUCAGCUAACUUUUACUAUUCAGUAAAGUGCUCAUUUUUUUUUUUAAGCAAAAAGAAUUUCCAUCUGAGACUCUUUUUGUGGUGCCGCAGAAAAGCCUGGAAACUAUUUUGUCCUCAUAUUGUUGCUAUGCAGGCAGUUUCUGGUAGUAGAAAGGACUGUGACUCUUUUCUUACUGAAUGAAGUGCCUUGUGUGAAUGUCGUUUAUAUGGGGAGCUGUUUUCUACAUGGCAUAUUUCCAGAGUACUUUGGGUUUUUUUUCACAGAAUAUGCUUUAAAAUGGACACAAGAGUAUAUCUGAAGUUUUACUUUACUUCUUUCUUUUCUGAUCACCAGCCGCUGGGUAUUUGUCUCGUAGUACUUUCUUAUUUUUUAUUUUUUUUUGUUUUCCUGUAUGCUUGUGCCAUUAUAUAGGUGUGACUUUGUUUCUUUCAGCUUUCAUUAUUUGUAGAGCUAGUUAUUUUGUUUUAGGCAAACGAGCGCGCUUGCAACUGUGAAUAUCAAGUCCCCCGCCUGCAAGCUUUUUACUUUCAUUUUGUCUUUUGAUCAUUUGAUCUGAAAGCUCAGAUAAAACUUGUGCCAUUCUUUCACAAUUUUUUUCCCAUAUUGCAUUCUAUUAUUUGCCAAACGAGGAAUUAUUUUUUCAACAGGCUUCAUAUCUUUUCCAGAAUUUGAGUUUGUUAAACCAUUAUUAAGCAUAGCAUUAUAGUUUUCUUCUUUCGUGUUGAGAUGAUGUUUUCUGUCAUGUGAAUCAGACGGCGAGCCUCUUCAUGAGUGCUUUGUUUUUGAAAGGGUCUGGGGCUGUCGCAGCAAAAUGGUCCAGUGCCACGUUUGCGUGUGUGUUUUUUUUUUUUUCUUUCUAUUCUCCCGACUCGAGAAUCUUGAGGAGGAGUUUGGUGUGGACGCUUGUCAAAAAUCACACCUUCGUUCUGAUUUCCGUGCGGUCAUGGCCUGGCCUUAUCCAGCCCUGGUGUAAAACCAGUGAAGACCAUAUUUUGAUGUUUAUCUUCCCAGACCUUUUCCUUUUAAAAAAAAAAAAAAACCCUGAAAAAACAAAAACAAAACUCUUCACCUCAGUGCCUAUGUUUGAGAGGAGCCCAGCAAAACCGAAUGCUGCAACAUUAGCUACCAUGGCAAUAACCUUUUUUUUUCUUUCUCAUUUUCCCCUUCCUGUUUUUAUUUUCUAUUUCAAGUUUUUAAUUUUAUCUUUUUGUUUCAAAGAGCACUUGACAAAUCUAGGCAGUGUAGGUUUCAACGGCGACUCUUGAUUCCUGUUUUUCAGAUUUGAAGAAAGACAUCCUCUUUUUUAAAAAAAAAAAAAACUAAAAUCAUCCGACGAAAAGUGCUGGGACGGCUUGAAUGUUGCGCGGUCGGGUCCAGUGAACAGGUCAACUCCGUCGCCCGUGUUUACAAGCAGUCGCAGAGGUAGACCGUGAAAAAGGAUGCCUUCGCAGCCCGCAGUGGGCCCCUCAGCCCCGGCCCGUCUAGAAGCGAGGACGCGUCUCUGAAUGAAACACUACGAGGACGCUGAAACGGACAGGGGACCGUGAAGAACCUAAGCUCUGGCGUCGAUGCCUUACUGCCUGUGGAGACACAAAAGCAAUUCUUCCCCCUUCGAUCCGAUGUUACAUUGACGAGGUGGCUGUUUCCGUCUGCGGUGUUUUUAUUUUGGAGUUUGGGAAUGGCUGAUCACGCGGUUCCGCUGAGUGGACAUUACAUGUCCCAACAAACUGGGCUCCGUUGCUUGGUUUGACACGGGUCGUGGUGUUUUAGGUGGAGGCUACACUACUUCGUAAGUUCCUUUUUUUUUUUUUUUUUUUUUUUUUUUCUGUUUUUAUUUGAAAGGUCGCUGCUCCUUCAGGAAAAUGGAAAACCUGAUCUGUCUGUGUUUCGCGUUUGUGUUGGUAGUGAGUGUUCAGGUCGUGAUGGUUUCAGUGCAAUGCUUUUUUUAUAUAUAUAUGUAUAUGAAGCAUUGCUUCUACUCCACCUCUCACUGAUUUUUAUCAGAAGAUGUUUCAUUGUAAUAUUUUUCUACCUGCAUCUCGUCAGUAUUUGGUAUAAAAAAAAUUAGCAUGUAACCCAUCUUUGUUUUAGUUAUUUGUUCUUUUUUUUUUUCUCUCUUUCAGAUCUGUUAUGUCCCUUUGUUUUGCCUUUUGGUAAGAGCUCUCUGUCAGGUCUCCAUUCCCGUAUCAGGGGACGACUUUGUGUCAGUUUGUUUCCUUACAGUUUCUUUUCCACCAUGUAUCAUUUCACUUAUAAACACAUUGAUCAGUUUGUAUUAACACCAAAGUUCGAAAACACUUGAGUUUAAGUCACAGUGGGUUUUUGGAUCAGGUUCUUCACUUUUUUUUUUUUUUUUUUUUUCCCUUUAAACAAAACCAACACGCUGGUUUUUCUUGACCGACUUUUGGCAGUGUUUGUCAUUCUGAGCAUCUUUAUUUUUCCUUAAUAAAGGCUUCAUUGAAACUA